AUGUCCCUGACGCAAGCCCCGUUUUUCAGCAAGCCGCCGAAGACAAACCCUGGAGUGCCCCGUGAACGGCAGAGUGCCACGCUGUACGAACGAGCCAACGACAACAUUAGACCUAACGGGUCUAAAGGCUACUUGCGUCAGAGACACGACGGCCUGCACGCACAGGCGACUGACGACGCAUCGGACAGGAGACCCAACUCCAAGAUUGCGAGGGCAUCAGUGGCCAUGCGCCUUCGAUCCCCCGUCUCGUACACGCCACAUGAUAAAUACAGGAACAGCACAGCCAAUCCAUCAAAAACCGUACCGGGUAUCCCCACCGAGCGCAAGAUAAUAGACGAUGAAGGUCCGUUCAGUCUCAACAGCUCUCUGACCAUGGCGACAAAUGUCUGCAUUUUAAAGAUUGGUCUGGAAAGCGACACCAAAGAUCAAACUAUACUGCAAAAGUUUUGGGAACUGGACGCCAUUGGAGUCGCCAAUGAAGAGAGCGUGAAGCAAGAAAGCAUCAACCACGCUCUGAGCAGCGUGGAAAGAAAAGUCGCUGGGGUCAACUGGAGAACAACGCGCCUUGUCGACGAGGUGCCGGACGUGCGCGUAUGCGGUGUUUGUGGAAUAAUUCCGAAGAGGAUAGUGAAAUUGCCAUGCUCGCACUUUUUGUGCGACUGCUGCUACGCAUUCACCUCCGAGCGUGGCAGUAGGCAGUGUCCCGUGGAUCGCAAGCCUUUCAAGGAAGCGGAGUGCGGAAGCGUCAACUUCCCCCCAAAGAAAGCGAAACGCUUGAAAGCGUACUGCUGGAAUGAAACAGCAGGCUGCAACUUCGUGGGCGUCAUGGAGGAUCUUCUGCACCACUAUGAGAACGACUGCGCCUUCCACUCCGUACUAUGCGAACCAAGAGGCCACACCCUGCUGCACAAAUACGCUGUAAUGCACUACUUGAGUGGAUGCAGUACCAGUGUUCCUUCCGCUGGCUCAGAGCACUCAGCCUCGCAAUCUGCAACAGUGACAUCCGGGGACUCGAACGCCUCGGAGGAACGGGAGAACGCGCUUUCAAGAAACGUUUUCCAAGAUGGUCAGCUGUCUGCACUUCAGAACCAGAUGACUGAGCUCACAAAACUUGUCAGGAAACAGGAAGCCUCACUAAAUGAAGUGAUUAGCGAGCAAAGACUGUCUGCGCGCAAUUUGAGGGACGCGAUGAUAGACAUCAUAAGCACAACAAUCACCGCAUGCAUGCCACAACAGCAAAACCCAGGAAAUUUCGCCGAUGAUGACGCCAAGUCGUCGGCCCUCUCUCUACGCUCAGAGAAAGCAGUCAUACUUCGAAAGCUGGAACAUUUCGCCAACGUCACGCUCAGCACUCUGGAAGAGUUACGUCAGUACAUGCUCCAAAUCAAGAGUCGUGCAGUAAUAGCUCGUUGCGAGCCCAUGCUUCCUUGUCGCGAUAGAUUUCGUCAUUUCACCAGAGUGCCGACAAUGUACCCUCAAUCGGGUGCAGAAAUACCUAGUGUUAGCUAUUAUCUGACACUUCAAAAUGCGGACGAAAUCAUUUUCAGCGAACAGCAGUAUCAGACGUUUGCUGAAGUGACCACGUGGCACAUGAGAGACACCUACUUUGUGGUCACUGUCCGGACGAGCGUUGAUGAUGGCGCUGAGGUUCUAGCUUUAGAGAUCGAGUUUAACGAUUUGCGCGAAGGUUCUCAGUGGUUGCCUGCCGCACGGUCGGUUACCGUGCUACACCCAUACGGAUGGAGCUGGGUCCUGCGCGAAGCCGUUGACACGCCUUGUUCCUGUAAGCGCAGUCUCGAUAAAUUACAUCAUGCUCACCGAACGUUCGUGACCGACAUCAAUUACCUGAGGAAGGGCUUCUGCCGAGACGGAAUGAUGAAAUUCCAAAUAGAGCUAAUCACAUAACCGAAUGAGCUUACU